GGGGAGUGCCCUUUCCGGAUGUGACCCACGUUGACCCGGAAAAGGAGGCCCGGGCAGUGGAGCCUCGGCGGCGGCUAUGGAGGGAGCCAACUGCAGGGUGGUGUUUGAGAAGGGAGGCGUGUACUUGCAUACCAGUGCUAAGAAGCACCAGGACCCGGACUCCCUCAUCGCUGGUGUCAUCCGUGUUGUGGAAAAGGACAGUGACGUCCUCCUGCACUGGGCUCCUGUUGAGGAGGCUGGAGAUUCCACUCAAAUCUUCUUCUCCAAGAAGCUCAAGUGUGGGGUCUGGAGCAAAGAGGGGGUUGGAGGUGCAGAGCCCCACUCUCCUCAAGGCUCCUGGGCAUUCUCAGUGAGUCUGGGGGAACUCAAGUCCAUCCGCCGUUCCAAGCCAGGCCUCAGCUGGGCCUACCUGGUCCUGGUGACACAAGCUGGAGGCUCCCUGCCCGCCCUGCACUUCCACCGUGGGGGCACCCGUGCCCUGCUCCGCGUUCUCAGCCGCUACCUGCUGUUGGCCAGCUCCCCACAGGACUCCCGCCUCUACCUUGUCUUCCCCCAUGACUCCUCUGCCCUCUCCAACUCCUUCCACCACCUGCAGCUCUUUGACCAGGACAGCUCCAACGUAGUGUCUCGCUUUCUCCAGGACCCCUACUCCACCACGUUCAGCAGCUUCUCCCGAGUGACCAAUUUCUUCCGGGGAGCCCUACAGCCACACCCCGAAGGGGUGUCUCCCGACCUUCCUCCACCACCCGAUGAUGAGCCUGAGCCUGGGUUCGAGGUCAUUUCCUGUGUGGAGCUGGGGCCUCGGCCAGCUGUGGAGCGGGCUCCUCCAGUCACAGAGGAGGAGUGGGCCCGCCAUGUGGGCCCUGAGGGCCGCCUGCAGCAAGUUUCUGAGCUGAAGAACCGGAUCUUCUCGGGGGGCCUGAGCCCUGGCCUGCGGCGUGAGGCCUGGAAGUUCCUCCUGGGGUACCUCAGCUGGGAGGGCUCAGCUGAGGAGCACAAGACCCACGUGCGCAAGAAAACGGAUGAGUACUUCCGCAUGAAGCUGCAGUGGAAGUCUGUGAGCCCUGAGCAGGAGCAGAGGAACUCACUCCUGCAUGGAUACCGCAGCCUCAUUGGUGGGUGGGCGGGGGGCGGGGGGUUACAAGGGCGGACGGGAGGUGAAAAAGAGGGCCUGGGAGCAUGGGUGCAAGGGGGAGGAUGGAGGGGACCCCCUGCCUUCCCAAGAUCAGGGACAAG